AUGGAGAAUAAUCAAUUCUUUUUUGUUGUAGUUUAUCCCAAUGAGAUAGUAAAACACGGUAAUGAAGGAGUGAUUUUUGAGUCUAAUAAGACUGUCAUGUUGCGGACCAACCGGCUUAAUACCCUACAUGCGCUAAAGACGAUCAUGUUUAGCAAUAUUGGGGGAAUAGGUACCAAGAAGGUUGGAAGAAUUGCAUAUAAAUUUCUGCACGCGCUUCCGAAUGGUGGGUUUACCAACAUGUUAUUUUGGAUUGAUGGGGAUCAGCAUAUGAGGGUAAUGUUCGACAUACAUGCACGACUAAUGCCACAACAUGUGAUGGAGUUGUAUGCUGCGAUCUGUGACGUGGUUGUUGGUGCUGAGCUGUCUCCUUCGAGUCUUGAAAUUGUCCCGCUAGAGGCCACACUGAUCCACUACGCCCAGCCUUAUUAUAGUGCCAACGAGUACAACAGUGAGGGCGAUUCAACUUAUGUUGCCGGGUCCAGGUCGUCUAGCGAUACUGCUUCCACUGAUGAAUAUGUGCCGGAGACUCCCACCGGCGGUGUUGGUCAGUUUUUCAUGCCUCCUCCUUUGGCCAUUCCUCGAUUGUCAGAAGUUCAUAGUCAUUAUCACAUUUUGAAUUUGGACGCAAUGCAGCCGAACAAUCUUUUGAAUUUCGGUGAAGGAGAGGAUUACAAUACGGAUGGUGGGGUGGAAUUCCAAGUUGGCCAUAGGUUAAGGAACCGUGAUGUAGUUUUAAUGGCGGUGAAGAACUAUAGACGGAAUGCAGAGUAUAGAGUUUUGGAGUCGGAUAGGCUUAAAUACCACUGUCAUUGCAAGCAAUUCACUAACGGUUGUCCAUGGAAUCUUCGUGUGGCACUACGCCAGAACUUGAACUACUGGGUCGUAUUACCUAUGAUAAAGACUGAGCCAUCAGUGUCUAUCCCGGUGUUGCAAAGUGCGGUACAUCAGAGUUAUCAUUUCAAGCCCUCGUAUCGAAAGGUGUGGAUGGCGAAGAGGAAUGCCUCCCAAGUACGAUUCACGAAUGCAAUGUUGUUCCUUAUUACAAUGGAGACAUGGUUGACCGAGAGUGGAGCUAGUUUGAUAAAGUAUUUUGGAAAUUCUCUCCAUGCAUUGAGGAAAAUGUAUGAGAGGUUGCAACAGUUAUUUGUGCGCAAAGGUUGCAAAGCACAUGCUCAGUUACAUGGUGGACAUAUAUACUCACGGCGACUAUUGGCAGCUAUAGAGAAGAACAUAGAGAGCCUGCCGAUAAUGCGAGUCACCCAUUGUGACCAUAGGGCAUUCGUGUUCAGUGUUGAGGAGGUGGAGCCGGUGGAUGGAUGGUCCCAAACUUCAUAUCGCGUUUGUCUUAAUGCGCGUACAUGCGAUCGCGGUCUAUUCCAGUCGUUAUAUUACCCAUGUCGACACGCCCUGGCGGCAUGUGUAGCUGAGAGCAUCGAGUGGGGAAACUUAGUCGAUCCCGUGUACAAGAUGGCCUCUGUUUUUAAGGUAUUGAAAUGGAGUUUCUGCCAAUACCCGACGAAAAGAUAUGGCUCACAUGGUAUGGUGCACGCCUAA